AAGUCGCUGUAGCGGCUCUUGCAGGCAGCUCCAGCUGAUAAAAUCUUAUCAUUUCCCCUGUUCUAUGACUCUUCUGCUUUCGCUGGUUGGGGCGCCCCUUUUCCUUGUUUUUAAACCGUCAUUUGCGUCCCUUCUUCGAGCCCAGUGGCCAGCCAGUGCACUAUCUCUUCUGGAUGUCUCCCGUUCUUUCGUCCCCUCGCUGGCCGAUGCUCUCACGGCCUUCGACUUCGGUGAUUUUCCAAAUCAUCCUCGCAAUCCACUCGCACCAAAACGUUUGUGUGUCGCACCAAAACGUGAGCCUGGAAAACUCAUUUCGUGCAGAAAUGCGAGAGUCAUCGACGUGUUGUCAACUUAUAUUUUGUCUGCGCCUCCAUGCCCAGACCAAUGCCACGUGUGAGGCUCCGGUGAAGUACACUGAGAUAUUGGAUGGCGAUUGUGUAGCAAACGACAAGCUCUGGGGCCUCCUGUCGGGCACGCCUAGAGCGACCGCGAAAAAUGGUUGACAUGAUCUACAUGGGAUAUGAACUGGGUGAGACAUUGCUGUCUCUAAUCAGACACGCUAUACACGUCAUACCUUGCUGUCUCUCAGAUCCUGUGGAGGUGCGCUUCCACGAGCUACGCCAUGCAGUUGACUGGUUCGUUGUGGGAGAAAGUCGGCUGGCCGACUCAUCAGGGGGUCCGAAGCCUCUUUUGAUGGCCAGCACUCCAAGACCCUGAGUGGUAGGUACCGGUAGACGCGCGAGCCACAUCCGUGAGUUGGUUUCGUGUGCAUACAGCCGUGAGUCAGGUUUGGCGAUUUGCGGGAUCGAAUCGUGCUUAUACAGCUUCCAGAAUCAGAGGCGCGUAGCAACUAUGAGAGCGGCGGAACUUGCCAAAAAGACAGUGACUGCUAUGGACCCCAAAUGUGGGCUCGCAGUGAGCUCAUGAAGAGGUUCUUGCAGCUCAACAAGAAGGCGAAGUACGUGACUCAAGCCAAAGAUCUGCUCCUUAUGAGCGACCCGGAUGAGAUACCUGCCGGGGAUGUGAUGAAGCUGGUGAAGCACUGUGAGCUUGCCAAACCCCUCCCUGAGGCUGCAACCGUCCUUAUCAGCUAGGCCGGCAACUCUAACCUAGUCUCACCGGUAUGAUGGAUCUAGACAUCCCACAAUCACCACAUGCCACAGCCCCACGAGGCAAUCUCGUGGUAAGUGCAGCACCAGGAGCAAAAAAACCUGGGUCUAUCGGAGUAGCUAUGAAUCCGUGGACAAACAUCUACGUGGGUGAUUUUGUGUGUUCUUCCAAAUGCAGCUGGCACAUAACAGACUACAACUUCAUCCCCUUCCUGUUCGUUGAAUGUGAAAAACGUUAAGGACAACUAUUCUGUGGUUCUUUUGCAUUGUCACCCAUAUCAGAUGCCACAUAUGCGCACAGCCACGGCCACAUACUCCCAGCUGAUUACUGCCUCGGCGACGCUUUGCUCGGCGACCCGCUUUGCAAGCUGCCGUCCGAGUUUCAGGCUGAGCUUAAUGCACCACUUGCCAGUGAGCAGGAAGUGGAUCACAGGAUUCAUCAUAUACAACGGCUCCUCUGUUCAGACACUACUAUUCCAGAACUAGAGCCUCUUCGUCUUUCCUCUCUGGCUGCACAAUUAUCAUGGAAGCCUCCCAAAGCACUUUUAACCGAGAUGGCGGCUCGACUGGUGUGGGCGCAGAGGAGGUUGUACACAGAAGGAACUAGGAGGGAAUUUGUGUACCUCCGAAAAUACAAGCCUAUACAUAAGGUGAGCGAUACGGGCACGGGGCGUGGCAUAGCGAUGAAGGCAUGUACUGCCAGCUUGGCAAGAAAUAUGACGACUUGAAAUUAAGAGAGUUGCCAUGGUUCAUCAAGUGCAACCCUCACAGGUAAGGAGACUGUUCGUCAAGUAGGGCGUCUCAUUUUUUCCAUGUUUCGCAUCUGUCGCAGGUUCCCUGUAUUGUUCGGACAUGCCGACCCUCGAUACUUCCAGGAAAACAGGGGACAAAUAUUCGCAAAAGGGUGAUCCGUCAGAGCGAAAGGCCUGAAAGAAUGGUCGUCGAUGACCAGAUGGAAGUCCAUUGAGGGGUAGCGUCUUCUUCGUCAAGUCAUGGUGCCGUGCUGCGGUUGGGCAGGAAGAACUCCAGAGAUAGCUAGGGCCCUCUUAUGGAGGGUGUACAGACAUUGCCUUAGAGAUGAGGAAAUACUUGAUGCAGCUGCAAACCUUUCAGUGAAGCCCGCCAAGCUAAAGCGAUCCUUCAUGUCAGACAUAAAGGCAUACUUCAUCAGGUUGUUCUAAAACAUUGGCUCUUCAGACCAGUCAGAUUGAUCAUGUACACUUCUCGGAUUCUUUGCGACGUGCGCGGUAGAGAAGGGGUGAAUGGGUAGAUUUGAUGACGACUGAUGUUGCCUUUGUGUAAGAAUUCACAUUCAUGAUAUUGGGCGUGUUCGGUAUUUGCAAAGAGACAGCCAG